GCGAAUAGCGCUCGAAGUUAUGUCCUAGCUUGACGAUAGCAAAGAGACGAGAACAAAAUAUUCGACAUUUCAGACAUCACCUGCCUUGUUCUACUUUCUGUCAAGCAGUGCUAUCUAGGACUUGCUUCUCAGGUUAUCAGAGAUUAUCAGAGAUUCCACCACUGGCCCAUGCAUCAUUCAUUACUUCAUCUGAACUCCCCCAGACUUGAUGUAUACCACACCAGCCAGCCACUAUGGACACUUCUAAGGCUAAAGAGGAGGACUACAUCCCAUUCAACUCUGAUUACCAAGAGCCUGAAGCUAGUGGCCAGCUUUUAGACAAAGAUGCACCUAUCGCCCAAAUUUCCGACCAGGCAACUAAAUAUAUAAACCAACCCAACCAAAAGUUAAAGGCUCGGCUAUCAAGACUCAUGGCAAGCCGAAUAGAAGCUCAGUAUGUUUGCCAAGCGGCAAUUACGUUCGCUCAAAGCUAGCAUAUACUGACUUGUUUUCGGCAUUCGGGCGAAUGCACUUUCAUAUUUCGUAAUUAUUCUCGGUGUAAUCAGUACUAACUACUCUGUUUCUUUAGGAAGAUGUUUAUCGGUGGUCUGAAUUGGGAAACAACUGACCAAUCACUUCGCGAUUAUUUCUCCCAGUUCGGCGAGGUGACAGAAUGUACAGUGAUGAGAGAUGGUGCUACGGGCCGAUCGCGAGGGUUCGGAUUCCUGACCUUCAAGGAUCCUAAGACUGUGAACAUUGUUAUGGUCAAAGAGCACUUCUUAGAUGGGAAGAUUAUUGAUCCGAAACGAGCUAUCCCCCGAGAUGAACAGGAGAAGACCAGCAAGAUCUUUGUUGGUGGUGUCAGCCAGGAAACCACCGAGCCGGAAUUCAAGGACUAUUUUGCCCAGUUCGGCCGAGUUGUUGACGCUACCCUGAUGAUGGACAAGGAUACCGGCCGCCCGAGAGGCUUUGGAUUCGUCACGUUUGAGAGUGAGGCAGGUGUUGAAGCUUGUCUCAGUACCCAUCUCGAAAUCCAUGGCAAGCCCAUCGAGGUCAAAAAGGCACAACCCCGAGGCAACAUGCGCGAAGAAGAAGAGGCCACGAGACGCAACAAAUUCAGGAAAGGCGGUAUGGAUGACCAGGGUAGCCCGCAGACCCAGAUGGCCAGCCAGAUGGGUCAAGGAGGCAUGACACCCCAAGUUAUGGCCCAAUAUAUGCAGCGCAUGCAACAAUACAUUCUGAUGCAACAGCAAAUGGUCAUGAACCGAGGCAUGGGAAUGGGGGCUGUGAACCCUGCCAUGAUGCAGAUGAUGCAAAUGCAGCAGAUGCAACAACUUCAGCAACAGAUGGCCCAAGGUGGCAAUCAGAGCGGCCAAAACAACCCGAUGGCAGCCAUGGCCAGUAUGAACCCGGCUCUCAUGCAGCAGAUGCAGCAGCAAAUGCAGAACCAGAUGAUGGGCAAUGGAGGUGCUGGCCAAGGUCAGGGUCAAGGUGACGGAAGUCAACAAGGAUUCAACGACUUCAGUAAUCAACAGCAGAUGUUUGCGCCUCGCGGCGGCGGGGGUCGACGUGGAGGCCGAGGGGGCUAUAAUCAAGGCUACGGUAACAAUAUGGGCGGCGCAGACCCUACCUCGUGGGAGGGUAUGUAUGACGACGUGCCCCAGCCCAAUUUCAACCAAGGUGGCCGUGGAGGUUUCCACCGAAACAGGGGCGUACAUCAACAGAGUCCGACUCCGGCCGAUCCCAACCAUGCUCCGCCGGCUGACGCACCUAAAGGUCCCAAAAAUGCUGGUAAACCCGGUGCAAACUAUCGCGGCGGAGGACGAGGCGGCAGCCGGGGUUUCCAUCCUUAUGGCCGUUAGCAACGCUAAGAAAGGACCGAGAUGUUCCACGAUCUACUUAUUCGUCGCGGUGGUGCUUGAUUAGGAACAAGAGAAAGUCCAAGGCAAGCUUUCACGAGCUAACGAGUGGAUGAAAUCUGACGAAACAAAAAAUCACCACAUUGGAAAGGAUGAAUUCUCAUUGCCGACACACAUUCUUGCAAGCAGCCUUCUUUCUUCAUUGCUUGCGAAUUUUGCAAAUGACUUUUAACCCUUACUCAGAUCAGUCAUUUCGCCUGUACUCAUUAC